AUGAAUUCCAUAACGCUUUUACUUCUAACGGUGCUCCUGCAAACGUGUGCCGAAUGCAAAACGUCCGCGGCCAAGACGGAAAACUUGGAAACGAUAAAGAAAUCUCUCGAAGAACACCAGAAGGAGCUGACCGCGGCGAAGAACAAGUCGAGAACUAUCCCGAAGGAGAUAACCAACGUGGUUAAAGUGAAAUUGAAAUCGGUUGUGCCGAACAAUGCUAAUGACAAACCGAAAAUGAUUUCAAUGAAACAGAUGCAGGAGUGGGCGAAAGAGAUAUCAGAUAAGCUCUUGGAGCACGAAAACCAAAUUGUAAGAAGGGAGUUGCUGUUGAAAGAGUUUAGAGAUAUGAGAAUUGAGCGUCGCAACGGAUCCAAAAUUGUGGAACAAACAGCUGCGUCCUUGAAGGAUCUGUUGUCGAGACGGGCGAAAGCGGCGGAGGCUAUCAUGCGGAAAGCUGAAGAACUGUCCAGAAGGAAUGUCGAUCCACCACCCAAUUACACGUAUACUCUCAGUACGGAUCUAAAUCAAUGGAAGAAAGAGGAUACUGAGUGGAAGGAAGAUCGUCGGAACUUUACAUUCCCUUUAAACUGUAGGAACCUUAACAAAGUAAGGCUGGACAAAAGUGAACAUUUCGAUGCUGAAGUAUCAUUGGACACAAGCAGCGUGCAUGUAGCCGUUGAAGUGUUUGAUUGUGAUCCCAGGAUUGUCGAACAUUUACACUGGUCAGAAGGUCUCAUUUCCACCUUUAAAGAGAACUACGCGCAUGACGCUUCUUUGGACUUUCAGUACAUGUGCAGCGCCAAAGGCUUCUUGAGACAUUAUCCAGCGGCGUUGUGGGACAGUAUGUACAAACUUAAGCUCAACGUGGAGGACAUAUACGACUGCCGAUUGCGGCCCUGGUACGUCAGCGCUAGCGGUGCUCCGCGAGACAUCCUCAUUUUACUCGACGCUUCCGGCUCCAUGAAGAACUCAUCCAACUUGUGGGUGGCAGAACAGCUUACCCUGGCUCUACUGAGCGCCCUGACCGAUGAUGACCAAGUCAACGUCUUGCGCUUUAACGUGACAGUACGCUCUCCCAUCACUUGUUUUAACCACAAACUCGUACCGGCGAAUCAUGUGAACUCUGCCGCCAUAAUGGCCGCCUUGGGACACAUAAAGAUGUGGAACGAGACGUGGAUGGACAACGUUCUGGAAUAUUCCGUCAAGCUUCUCCAGAAACAACGUGGCACCAGCGACCGUCCUUCUUGCCAGCAGGCCAUCAUUCUCAUCACUGACAGCCUCUACGACAACUUUACACAGUUACUCAACUAUCUGGAUCCCGAAGGUCGUAUUAGAAUAUUCGUGAUGUGGCUACACGACCCCCAUGGUCUACGCGACGACACGCGUAGCUACGGCGAGACGAUGAGUUGCGCGCGUGACGGCUACUUCGCGGAGCUGAACACGCCCGCUGACGUCACGGAGCAGGUGAUGAGAAUCCUGAGGGUACUGGAGCGACCGCUAGUCGCCCAGCGGGAGAGCCGGCUCACCGUAUUCAGUGACGUCUACGCGAACGUAGAGGACCCGAGAAGAGGUGAAUAUUAUUGGCAACAAAAGGAAAACGCUGAACAAGUGUACAGGUACAAGCAGCUACGGAAAAACAAAGCAAAAUUGCUCAAUCAGUCACAAUUAUACAAGGACUACAUGCGACAUGUGAGCCUUGACGAAUAUGGCUAUUACUACGAAGGUGAAGAUAUAAACUAUCGACUCCAAAUCAGCGUUUCGGUGCCAGUGUUUGACCAUACUACAUUUGAGAAUAUCACCAUCAAACUGGACGAGGAAAAACAAAGGAAUUCCACAAGAACGUACCCGGUUAACAGACUUCUUGGUGUCGCUGGAGUGGAUAUACCAAUAGAUCAUUUAAAAUUAUACAUCCCUUAUUAUCAGCUGGGACCGGGAGGAUAUUUUAUUCUUCUAGACCAUCGCGGCAGCAUUGUACUACAUGAAAAUACUAAACCCGUGUUUGAUGGUGACAUUUUGAAACCUGGAUAUCGCACAGUGGACUUUUUGGACUUGGAGCAAUCCGCCGCUGAUCACUUACCCAGAGAAUAUCCCCAGGAAUGGCUUGAAUUCCGCAACAAGCUAAUUAUCGAGCAGCCUGAGGGCAACCGAACGAUGCACAGUAAAUACAUCUACGAGUACGGAAUGCGGAGCGUUUUGGAAAUGCGCGAAUACCAUUGGAAGCGCAUACUCGACCACUAUACUGCGGUGGUGGUACUACCGAAGCGUGAUGCUCGCUUCGCAGUGCCCAACGUGAGGCGUUUCACCCAGCAACUGGCGAUGGAGGCAUACAAAACCCUAUCCGAGACCGAUUUCUCAGUCCAUCCUGAUUGGUUGUAUUGUCGCCACGUGGAGCCACAGUUCGAAACGCAGAAGGACGAAAUACUGCACUUCGUGAAACGUAGGAAGAAUGAACCGAAUUUUCUGAUGCAGAAUCUUAGACACAUAUAUUCACCGUUGCCUCCGACGUUACAAGAAAAACCUUAUCAUUGUAAUGAAGAACUUAUGGCACGCAUAGCAGCAGAGGCAGUUAUGACGGCGAAAUGGGCUGAAAUCGAUGAAGAUCAAGACUGCUCUACGUGUCAGCUCGGCUCUGUUAUAGCGUUCUUUGCCAGCGAGAGCGGCUUCGCUCGCUGGCAGUACUACGAGGCCACGAGCCCGCACGCCGUGCCGCCGUCGGGCGCGUCAUGGGCGCGCGCCGCCACCGAGCCGUGGUUCGUCCGCGCCUCGACCCACGCGCCCUCCCUCGUGAUCCAUUCACCCGUCGCGCCCAUACGCCGGCUGCGGAACACGGAUGCGCCGGCGCCCCAGGUGCCACAGCACAAGACUUGGAUGACUGCUGCAAGAGUGCUCGACUACACCUCGAAAAGUACGAUAGGAGUCGCCGGCUUCCACUUCUACCCGAGACACCUUGACGAUCUUCUCAAAACUGUCACCAACAUUCAUUGCCUCGAGGAGGACGAGAGCAAAUGCGAGCCGCGCUGCGACAACAAGGACUGGUCUUGCGUGCUCAUCGACGACGAGGCCUGGGUGGUGGCCAGGGUGCGCGAGGAAUUGGACGACGAGGCGGAGACGGAACCGCUCGGGGAGCACCUAGUCAACUUGCACCCGACCGCGAUGGCAGCGCUUCUGAACGCGAGCGUGUUCAAACUGCGCUGGAUACACGACUACCAAGGUGUUUGCUUCCCGCCGAAGGACGAAAAGAUACGCGCAGCGGCCCCGGUAUUACCAUCGAUACUGCGAUCCAUAUGGUAUUCAUUACAACAUAUAAUCCAUGUCACUAGUGAGGUCACGACAGCCAUUUUUUUACUUAGCACCGGCAAACCAGUAAGAGCAGAGACUGAGGCGGAAAAGAUGAAGAGACACAGGCGCUUGCAGAAGGACUAUGAGCGAGAGAAGUACGAACGGCUGUAUGACCCUCGCGUACUCGUCAACAGGACACGCUUCGCCGCCUGCGAUCGUUCUAGACCUUUCUAUCAACUGCAGCGAACGGCGAAAGCCACUGAUGCACUGCGGCGCAGCGUCCACCUCUGCCGCUGGCCCCUGAUAGCGGUGCCAGUUCCAGACACCAAUCUCCUGCUCCUGGCCGUAUACAACGCCUGCCCUCACCGCGGCAGACCGCUCAACAACCCGCUGGUCAACGAACGCGUUGAGAUGGCGGAUGGGCGGGAGGGCUUGGAGCCGUCUGCGAGUAGGUUGGCAUGCUGGCGUAACCGCGUGCCGCUGCCCGGCCGCCCGCCGCACGUGCAAUGCUACCCGCACAACUACACCUACGAAGAAGGCUACAGGCAGUGCGGACCAUGGCUUCCGGAUCCGGAAAACCGCGGGAACAAGCUUUCCACAACAUACAUACCCCUUCUUGUAUUACUCAUAAUUUAUUAUAUA